AAGUAUCACUUUGUACCUUCGCUAUUUCGACAACAACAAGAGUCGCCAAGAUGCAUCCAAUCCUCGCAACAGAUCUCCUUGCUCUCUUAUCUGCUUGUCAGGCCCUCAAACCCGCGUGCUCAGACGACACCAAUGGUGGAGAGAUGCGAGCCCACACAUCAGCACCACAGCGUUCGAGUCGAUGGCCAGGAUCUUUCUCGGCGCCACUCUGAAUGGGACACUGGAGCCCGACCAGUCCAACAAAAAAGUUCGUCGAGAGCGCCAAAGUCGCCUUCGACUACUUCUACUCAAUCUUUUUCCAGCGGGACCCCAAGACGGUGACCUACAGCGGUCUCUGCUACGAAGUUUGGAAUGCGUUCGCCCGUCCUUGUGACAGCAAGACAUUUGUUCGAGAGCUGCGAAGCGCUGGUUUCUCCUUUGAAUGCAGAACACAGACCCGUGACGAGAACAGCCCUAUUUGCGAGGAAUACAAAAUGUACUAUGAUCACCGCAAGGAAAUUUGA